GGAAGAUUCCAGACCUCUAGAUAAAUAUGGCUUUCCAUGUGGAAGGACUGAUAGCUAUCAUCCUGUUCUACCUUCUAAUAUUGGCUGUUGGAAUAUGGGCUGCCUGGAAAACCAAAAACAGUGGCAGUGCAGAGGAGCGCAGGGAGGCCAUCAUAGUUGGUGGCCGAGACAUUGGCCUGCUGGUGGGCGGCUUCACCAUGACAGCCACCUGGGUUGGAGGAGGUUACAUCAAUGGGACAGCUGAAGCAGUGUAUGUACCAGAUUAUGGUCUAGCUUGGGCUCAGGCACCAAUUGGAUAUUCUCUCAGUCUGAUUUUAGGUGGUCUGUUUUUUGCAAAACCUAUGCGAUCCAGGGGCUAUGUGACCAUGUUAGACCCAUUUCAGCAGAUCUAUGGCAAACGCAUGGGCGGCCUCCUAUUUAUUCCUGCACUAAUGGGAGAAAUGUUCUGGGCAGCAGCCAUCUUCUCCGCCUUAGGAGCCACUAUCAGUGUGAUUAUUGACGUCGAUGUACAUGCUUCUGUCAUUGUUUCUGCACUCAUUGCCAUUCUGUACACCCUGGUGGGUGGUCUCUAUUCUGUGGCCUACACAGACGUUGUACAGCUCUUUUGUAUUUUCAUAGGACUGUGGAUCAGCGUCCCUUUUGCACUGUCACAUCCUGCAGUUACAGACAUUGGGUUUACGUCUACACAUGCCAAAUACCAGGCUCCUUGGCUGGGCACCAUUGAAUCAUUUGAAGUCUACACUUGGCUUGACAGUUUUCUGUUGUUGAUGUUGGGUGGAAUCCCAUGGCAAGCCUACUUCCAGAGAGUCCUCUCUUCAUCCUCAGCCACCUACGCUCAGGUGCUAUCCUUCCUGGCAGCUUUUGGAUGCCUGGUGAUGGCUAUACCAUCUGUACUCAUCGGGGCCAUUGGAGCAUCAACAGACUGGAACCAGACUGCAUAUGGGAUGCCAGAUCCCAAAAGCAAUGAAGAAGCAGACAUGAUUUUACCGAUUGUUCUGCAGUAUCUCUGCCCUGUGUACAUUUCUUUCUUCGGUCUUGGUGCAGUUUCUGCUGCUGUUAUGUCAUCAGCAGAUUCUUCUAUCUUGUCAGCAAGUUCAAUGUUUGCUCGAAACAUCUAUCAGCUUUCAUUCAGACAAAAUGCAUCAGACAGGGAAAUCGUGUGGGUCAUGCGAAUCACAGUGUUUGUGUUUGGAGCUUCUGCAACAGCCAUGGCACUGCUCACAAAGACCGUUUACGGGCUCUGGUACCUCAGCUCAGACCUCGUUUACAUCAUCAUCUUCCCGCAGCUCCUCUGUGUGCUCUUCGUCAAGGGAACCAACACGUAUGGAGCCGCUGCAGGUUACGUUUCUGGCCUCUUCCUGAGAAUAACUGGCGGGGAGCCAUAUCUGUACCUGCAGCCCUUGUUCUUUUACCCCGGCUAUUACUCUGAUAAGAAUGGCAUAUACAAUCAGAGGUUCCCCUUUAAAACUCUGGCCAUGGUGACCUCAUUCUUAACCAACAUUGGCAUUUCUUAUCUAGCCAAAUACCUAUUUGAAAGCGGAACCUUGCCACCAAAAUUAGAUGUGUUUGAUGCUGUUGUUGCAAGGCACAGUGAAGAAAACAUGGAUAAGACCAUUCUGGUCAAAAAUGAAAAUAUUAAAUUAGAUGAACUUACACCUGUGAAGCCCCGACAGAGCAUAACUCGCAGCUCAACUUUCACCAAUAAGGAGGCCUUCCUUCAAAUGGAUUCCAGUCCCGAGGGGUCUGGGGCUGAGGAUAAUUUACAAUAGCCCAUCUAAACAAAACACUGCUUUCUCAGACUUAUGUAGCAGGCUAGUGCUGGAGGGAUGGUGUGCAGCAUGUAAAAUAUAUUUAAAAAUAACAUCCAGGAAGACAAAAAUCCAUAUAAAAGUGCACCUGUACAAGCGCAGGCCAUGCUAGAAGGAGUACCUAUGAAAGCAUCAGCUUUGUUUCUCAUUGCUGUUUCUCAGUCCCACUUGGUUAUGUCUCUGGAUAGUUUUCCUAAAUUUCAGUAAUAAGUAAAGCCCCACUCAAAGAACAGAGGGCCAAACGGAGUAUCUUUAUUAUGAAAAAAAUGAAGUAGAAAUGAAGGAACAAAGGCAAUUAGGUCAUUUGAUCCAGACCUUGUCUGCUAACACACUGGUGAAUGUAGUUUAAUCACUUCCCAGAAGCUAUGAGCAUGAGCACUGCUACACCAAUGAAUGGUGUAACGAACGAGCCAGCUGAUUUUCUUGAUGGAUGAUGCAUCCCUUAACUUGUUUUCUUAACUAUAGCACAUGUUGAAUAUGCAAUUUGUUUUUCUGUUAGUAGCGGCAUGUAUUACUCUGAGUAUAGGCAAGCAAACACAAAACAUUUUAUGGUGAUUUUUUUAUGUGCAGGGUGAUAGGAAAAUAGAAUCCAUUUGCGUGGAGGAGCACUGGCUUUUUGAGUGUGUCCCCAGGCACUGUAUACGCUGAGGAGAGUACCUGGGGCAAGGAAGACAUGGGUAGUGGGCAACCUUAAAGCCAUAAACACAAAGGUCAUUAAGAAGAAGUAACAGGAAAAACAGUGGAUUUUUAUCAUCAUUUUAAGUUUAUAAAGUUCUGAUUCAUGAUUAAAGAAGUAAUGUCUGGGCUUGGAAGUGAAUGUGAGCCAUGUGUAAGGUGAGGUAGCUCCAUAGCACCAUUAAGGCUAAUGAGAGACAAACUGCGAGUCCUGACAGGAGUAAAACUAGAAAAACAAAACCCACCGAUUUAUUUAUUUACUUACUUAUUUAAAUUUUUAUUACACUUUAUAUUCAACAUUAUUUUGUAUUAUUUUCAGGUGUAAAGCAUAGUAUUUAGACAGUCAUAUAUUUUACAGAAUGAUCACCCUGAUAUUUCUGGUACCCACCUGGCACCAUACAUAGUUACUACAAUAUUACUGAAUUUAUUCCUUAUAUUGUAUUUCACAUCCCUCUGACUAUUCUGAUUACCAAUUUGUACUUUUUAAUUCAUUCAACUUUAUUAAUGAGGAUAAUUUAUUGCUAAGAGUAUGAGAGGUGCUGGGGUUGGUGCUGGGUGAAAGAGGUCAAGGAGUUAAGCAAAAAUAUCCCAAACAAACUCAUAAGACACAGACAUCAGUAUGGUGACUAUCAGAAAGGAAGGGGUAGGGGCUGGUAAAAGAGGGUAACGAAGGGAUAAAUGGUGAUGGAAGGGACUAGAAUUUGGGUGGUGAAUAAACAAUAUAAUAUACAAUUAACAUAUUAUAUAAUUGUACAAUUGAAACAUAUAGUUUAUUAACCAAUGUCACCCAAAAAAAUUCAAUAAAAAUACAUUUUAAAAAAAUACUUCAUAGCACUUUUUCAUAUAAGCCAGUCUUAGGCACUGGACAAAUCACCACUACAACAAGUAUACAGUGAAUUUUAUAAUGCAGAAGAAAGCAUAAAGUAAAAAUAAGUCCUAAAGGGAAGAAGCAUCAAUUUUAACAUUUGGUGUCUAUGUAACUUUCAUGAGGUGGGUCACUAAAUAUUAUUUCGUUCCUUUUCUAGAGUGAAAAAUAUGUGUGCUUAUAUACAAUGGUUUGUAUCCAUUUUAGAAUUCUAAAUGCUUUCCCACCAGUGACAUAACAGGGAUAAUUGAAGCUGUGUGUAACAAAGCAAAGAAAACUGUUGAGCUGAAAAAUUACCUGAGCAUUUGAUCCAAUAAAGAAAAGCAGACUGAAUUAUUCAAAUGAAAGCACUUUUUCUAAAAGUAUUUCCUUUCUGUGAUUCUUAGAUGAAGUGAGGUUCAUUCAAUGUUGGACAUUCUGUAUGAAAGUGGUGAUUGAGAAGCUAGACUUCCUGUUUUUAAUUGUACUUGUUCAAAAGCAUUAGAUACUAUAUCUCUUUGUUAUUAAACAUGAGUUAAAUUUACAGGGUAAUUUUAAAACAUAAAAUUGAAUAAUUUUACUUAUUGUAAUAUCCCAUAUUUUUAAUGCUUUAGCAAACCUUGAUGGUGAGUAUGACAUUGCACUCAGAAUCUCUACAGAACAUCAUCUGUACAUAAAUGAAAAGAGUUCUUUCUACUCAUUUAUUUGCUCAGAAUCUGCUCCAUGCUCAGUGCCCUCUGGAGAACUUGCAAGGAGCAGUUUGGGAACCACUAAGAGUGGGCGUCCUAAGAUUCUCAGACAUUGAUUGAGAAAAGAGCCAGGGGCGAGAAAAACAUUAGAGUAAAACUACACUGAUGACAUAACUUGACAUGUAAAAGUGAUUAAUUGAUGGGGCUACAGUGUCUGGAAAACAUGACACUUCAGAUGUGCCAUGUUUUCUAGCCUACUACCUGAAUCAUAUUUGUAUCCAUUCUAUCACCACCCAUUUUUGUUUCAACCUAUUUAGGCUUGUGUAUUUACAGAAAAUCUUGGUAACAGAGUACAGCAUUGUAACAGAGUACAAUAGGGGAGUUUACUCUCUUUACAGACAUUUUACACUGUUGUCUGGCAAUAAUUGUUCAAAAAAUCAUGAAAUCCAGUGAAAAAGAAUAAAUAUUAAUAGUGAAAAUUUAUUUCAUUUCAUUCAUUUUGUAGAAAUAGAAAGAUGAAGGGGAAAUAGUUUACCUUAUCAAAAAUAUUAAAAACUAGAUAACUCAUUUUAGCCAUCACAUAAUGUUCUAUUUUAUUAAACCUACUAGAGGCCCAGUGCACGAAUUCAUGCACCAGUGGGAUCCCUCGGCCUGGCCUGCAGAAUCGGCCGAAACUGGCACUCUGGCUUCCCCCGAGUGUUCCUGGAUUGCAAGAGGGUGCAGGUCAGGCUGAGGAACCCCACCAGUGCACAAUCAG